AUUGAUACAGUAUAAAUGGCUCAUGACCGCCAAGGAGCAGUAUCAUUCGUUUGUGGCCGUUCACCGGAUUUGGUAGUGCAACACAUAGGUGGAAUUGGGAGCAGUAUGAAGGGAUUUGUUGUGUUAUCAAUGGCUUUGGCCGUUGCUUUGGGAGCAGCCAUUGAUAAGCCGGUCAAGGAAGUGGAAACCAAGCAGAUGACGGACGCGACCCAGGAACGCAAAGUACAGGAAAAACGAGGACUAAGCGAUUACGCGCACGGACAUGGAUACUCGCUUCAUCCUGAGAUGCUAAGUGGAUUUCAGCCAUCGUAUUCCUAUGAAGCUCCAGAAAGCUUUGAAGAUUACAAGCACCUGAAGCAUCAAAGCUAUGAGCACAAGACCUACGACUGGAAAGAUGAGAAGCAUACCAUCAUCACCAAGAAGGUGCCAGUUCCAUACAAAGUGGAAGUGGAGAAGCAUACCAUUAUUGAAAAGCAAGUGCCUGUCCAUGUAGAUCGCCCUGUUCCAUACCGUGUGGAAGUAGAGCGUAAGGUUCCAGUGUAUGUCGAAAAGAAGGUUCCAGUGCACGUAGAUCGUCCAGUUCCAUACCCAGUUAAGGUGCCUUACCCAGUGGAGGUCGAGAAAAAAGUGCCAGUCUACGUAGAGAAGAAGGUUCACGUUGAUCGUCCAGUUCCGUACCCUGUCGAAGUUGAGAAGAAGGUUCCAGUCUACGUCGAAAAGAAGGUUCCAGUCCAUGUUGACCGUUACGUCCCAUAUCCUGUGGAAGUCAAGGUUCCAGUAGUCCACAAAGUCAAGGUGGAAGUGCCGAAACCUUAUACCGUCCAAAUCCCAAAGCCAUAUCCGGUGUACGUCGAGAAGGAAGUCAUCAAACACAUUGAUCGCCCAGUGCACGUUGAAGUAGAGAAGAAGGUUCCAGUUCCAGUUCUUCACAAAGUUGAAGUGCCAAAACCAUAUGCUGUGAUCAUUGAGAAGCCAGUUCUGGUUGAAAAGAACCACGAUCAUCACGAUCAUGACGACAACCACGAAAGUCACGUUUAUGUGCAGCAAAAACCAGUGACCCUGAAGCUGACCGGAUACACUUCCGAGCCUGUCCAUGAUGCCCACCAUGACGAAGAGGACCACCAUCACCAGAGCGAAAAGCACAUUGUGCAGUACCAAAUUCAUCAGACGUCUCAUCCAGUUGCUGAACGGUUGGUUCAGCACAAGGAUGAGCACGAUGAUAGCGAAGAGCACCACCAGGAUGCCCGUUACCACCACCAGCGACAACAUCAGCAUCAGCACCAGCAGCACCAUGAAGAGUACCGCCAUCACGAUGACGACCAUCAUGAACAUCGCGAAGAACACCAUCACGUUCCUAGCCACCAUAAGCGCGAAUCCGAGAAGCAGCAAUGAUUUGAACUCGAACCGUUCGUUCUCUAGUCUAUCCGUGUUAACUGAAUUGUUGGAAAAGUUGUUUCUGUUAAAUUUAUUUGUUAAUAAAUCUGUUAGCUAAUGUAA